AUGGCUCUUCACGUCUUCAGAGUUAGGCUUUGUUCCGCAGGUCGAUCGUCUAGUUUGGACAAGAACAUUGUGGUCAGGAGCCACGCCCGGGUGUCGUCUCUCACCCUGAAGAACGUCCAGUUCACGUACGCCGGACGCUACCUCUGCACGGCCAGCAACUCCAUCGGCGAGGACAGCCAGAGCAUGAGUCUGGAAGUCAGAUACGCCCCAAAGAUCCUGGGCCAGGUGGCGGUCUACACGUGGGAAGGGAACUCCGUGAACAUCAGCUGUGAGGUGAACGCUCACCCCUCCGCAGACGUGACCUGGUUCAGAGAGGGCUCCCAGCUGCCCAACGCCAAUGCCAGCAACGUGAAGAUCCACACCACUCCUUAUGUCAGCUACCUCGAGAUCAACCCUGACUCCCAGAGCGACUUUGGAAGCUACAACUGUUCGGCCACCAACGGAAUGGGCACAGAGUCCAAGGAGUUUCUCCUCAUACAAGCAGAGGUGCCGUCCCCCCCGGAGGUCCACCAGGUGGAGCCCUUCUCCAGCUCGGCCACGGUGGAGUAUGACGAGCCCGACUCUUCAGGGGGCGUGGCCAUCCUCAAAUACAGAGUGCAGUGGCGUCUGCCCGGGAGCACGUGGAACGCCCGCGACUACGAGGCCUCUGACGAUCUGAGCAAAAUCAUCAUCACCGGACUCAAACCGGAGACCGCCUACGAGCUGCGCAUGUCGGCCGUCAACGGCAAAGGGGAGGGCGAGAGCAGCCCGCCGGUCAGCUUCAAGACCGAGCCUGUCCGUGAGUACCAAGCCCCGCCCCCUGUCCCGUACGGCCUGCGCACCCCCACCCCCCAAUUAUACAGUUUUGAGCUCUGGAUGGGACGGGAAUGCUGUGUGUGUUGA